AUUUUAGUCUGUUACCAACUCACUGCCGUCUUGGAUACAGCAGUUCUACCCUUUCACCGUAACCCGGGAAAGGUGACCACAGAAGCGGGUAGCAUCGGAAAUUUCUCGAGGUUUCGUUUUCGAAUACCAGUUUCGAGUUUCUAAACUUUUACCGACACAAAAACAAUGACUUUCUGUGAUGUCGCUGGAAAAAGUUGGUAGCUUACCUGGCAAAACAGCGAGCUAACACUGGUUUGCUAACGUUAGCUUGCUAACGCUAACGUUAGCAAACAGCUGAUCCCAGUCUCCUAACAUCGGGUCAGAAUAAGUUGGAAAAAGUUUGGAUUGUGUUAUCACGAGGACAUCGGAAUGAAUGCGGAUAUCUAGCCUCAUUCGCUAGCUUCAUCAAGGUGUUUGAAAGAAAUGAGGAGCAGUAAAAAGGCAGAGGGGUCUCUAAAAAGCUCUGCUCAACAUCUCACAGAUCACAAGAUUGAUACAGACUUGGCAGCUGCAUGGAAAGGUUUGUCUCAGUCGAAAGCUGCUUUGCGGCAUAUAGAAAACCAUUUAGAAGCGGUUCCAGGAACAGGUGUUAUGCUGGACUCUGUCAUGAAUCCCAUUAAGGAGAAAUCCUCUCAGAUUAUCCUGUCCAGAAAUGGGAUACAAACCAAGAAUGGUGGGUCUUCAAAGCACAGAAGAAGUCGGAAGAAUCCAGAAAAGAGCAGCUCCCGUAGUCCAUUGCGAAAUGCAACACAGGACAGCAAUGUCUGCAGGAACAAUGGCGUAGAAUGCAGGGACCAGUUAACCCCAUACAGAUUGGCCGCCCCACCUUCACAUCCAUCUUCUCAGCAAGAGAUGCUCACCUUCGAGUCAGUACCAGGGUCUUCAAACUCCUCCUCAGAUCCUCUGCUUAGCCAGAUGGUCUACCAGAGAGACACCAGAGACAAGCAGACAGACAGGGACUUGGACAGUACACACUCCUCAGCUCUGAUGAGCACAGAGGUCCGAUACCUCAAUGAUCUGCCAGCCCUGGAAACCCUUAAGACCAAUGGAUAUCAGUCACCUCUCACCACUGAUAGAGCUCCUGUAAGGGAGUGGAAUGGGGAUAAUAGAACUCCAAAUGCACAUCUUGAUUUCAACAGCCAACAUUCAAGUCCAUAUUUUGCUUCAUUGCCGGGCUCCUUACCCCGGGGGGAGGGCACGCCUUCCUCAAGCCCAGGCUCUGCUUCCCAGCGUUUAGAGAAUCUUAGGCGACACCAACCAGAUGAUAAACUAGAAAAACUCAAAGAGCGCAUCCGACGACAGAGACAGCAUCUGGAAGAGGCUGCAGAGAAAAGUAAGGUGCUGGGUUUUCAGGAGCAGCCCAUCACUGCAGCUGUGGAAACCAACAUAUCUGCUCCCACCGUCAAAAUACGGAAAGUUGCACCUGCUCCACCUGCACCUAUUUACAGAGGGUUUAACAGCACUGAGACAAAGAUUCGGACGCCUGAUGGGAAAGUUUGGAAGGAGGAAGAGUUUCAUAACCUCAGCAGAGAAAUAUACAGAGACCUUACGCAACAGUUUGCUGAGCUCACCAAAUCCAGACAUCAACGGCAGAGGGAACAGAAAACCGACAUGUCCAAGGAGAAGAGGCCCUCCAAACCAGUCAGGAAGGUCCACAAGGCCGCUGCUGCUCCUGACCUAAAUGCAAAACCAGGGAUCAGUGCUGCAUCUUGGCGAGAUGGUCAGAAACUGGUGAAGAUGGUACUGGGUCCACCUCCCAAACCAAGCAGAGAAACUGACCUGUCACAUCAAGUUGAUGGACCUAUCGAAACAGCUUCCCCUCAUCGUUCUGGUUCAGGCCCACAUUCAAAGUCAAAGCAUCAGCCCCGCCCUCACAGCAAAGAAAGGCCUCUCAGUGGACAUAAAGAACAAUUGAAUGGUCACUGUGCAGCCGGAUCUACUCUCCCUCAGGAAAAGGCGUCGCUGGGUGUGAGCAAAGAUCUUUUGUCGGCUGACAUUCAAGGAAUACUGGAUGAUCUUCAGCUAGACUAUGAAUCAACCGAGAAGGUGGAGAGGGCUCGCCAAAGGUCACGAUGUGAGAGCCGUGGUAAGCGAGGGAGAGGAGGAUCGGGAUCGCGGACGAGAACUCCAAUAUCUGCUUGGGGAACAACUGUGGUCACACGUAGCUCCUCCAGAGGAUGUCGCAGUGCCAGCCCCACAACAAACAGAUCGGAAAUGGCCAACGUGGCUGACGCAGGGUCGAAAAAGCGGCAUUAUGAUGCAAAUGCCAUCCGCCAGUACAUUGUCCAGCAAAAAGAGGAGAGAAAGAAGCGUCAAGAAGAAGAGAAGAGAGCACUCAGGGAGGAGACGGAAAGGAGAAACCACAGACUGCAGGAGCUCUACAGGAAGCAAAAAGAAGUUGCUAGAACUGUUCCUUCUGAGCUACCUGUGCCUUCUGUACAAAAGCAUCUGCAAUUGACCUACAACAAACUGCUGCUGGAGGAGUCCCAGCUGAGCGAGGAGGCCACAUUGAUGCACAUCGAUGCUCCUUUCAGUGAAAUGAGGCCCAUGUACCAACCUUCUGGAGAGUCGGACAAAGAGAACCUUAGGGUAGAUGCACCACAGAGCCCCUCCAGCAGUGACAGGUCAUUGAAUGAACAACCACCUGCGUUAUCCAGGAAUGAUCUGGAUGGCGUCGCUGACGCUUUACGUCCGGCAGACAAUCACAGCCCUGCUGUUCGACCCAAAACUGCACCCAGCAGCCACGUGCCAACUCCUGUUGGUGACAACCUUCUCUCUCAGCUCCUUAGGCUUGAGAUGGCAAUGGCAGGGGCAGAAGUCAGGCGCCAUGACCCACCAGCUACAGUAUCUACUAAUCGGUCUAAUUCAAAGAUUUCCCGCAUUGAGGCUCUCAAGGCCACAGCUGCAUCCCUCUCCAACCGUAUAGAAAGUGAAGCGAGGAAGAUCGCUGGAGAAGGGAUCAACUACGGUACAGCAACUUUAGCAGACGUUGACGGUAUUUUGGCUCCUCCCUCCGAAACUAAUCUUGAAAAUGGAUGCUGGCCAGAAACCGGUGUCACAGAAAAUAAUAAUAAUAAUUCAGGAACAAAUGCCCAGAGAAUCUUAAACGGUACCGGUCAUAGUUUAUAUGAUGCCACCUUUCUUCCAGGAGUAGGCAAUCUGCAUGCAUUCAGAGGAAAGAAAGAAUUGAUGAAUACGCAUAUUAUUUCUACCAGUCCACAAACAUCCGGUGGUGAUGUAACAAGGCAAAAUCUCAGUUCUACACAGGAACAUAGAAAAAUGCUCAAUGGCUUGGAAAAGGAGGAACUGAAGUAUAUAAAGGACCGGAGUAAAAGGAACGACAACGCUGAGAAUCAGGUGGAACUCCAUGACUCCAGCGCUGGUUCUAUCAGUGAAGGGCCCAUACUGAGUGAAGCCAGUUUUUCAGAGGAUGAGGCACACUCGCCUCUUCAUGCCACUAACAGUGCAUUUACACCAGCCAAUGGUGUGGAGGCAGUGGAUUACUGCGCUGGUCAAGGUCAACGAAAGGAUUUUCAGCGUCUAUCUGAGUUCCAGAGGGAGGCAGCGAAGUGCCCAGCCCUCACCUCCACAUUUACACUGCAGGACAACAGUAAUGCAGCCUGGGAGGAGCUCAACAAAGGAAGCCCUUUGAGCGUUAUCAACAUUUUCACAAGGAACCUGAAUAAGCACGUGAAAGUGAAUGGACUGAACUCUCCCUCUGCCCAGUCUUUUGACUCUGGAAAUGGUCUCAGAGAUUCACCCGUCUAUGAAGACGACUUUGUGUCACCACAAAGCUGCAGAACAACUAGCCAGUCAAGGAAAUCACCGAGUGUCAACAGUCACUUUGAGGAGCUGAUGCGGAGGUCUCCCUACGACAAGGGCAGUGAGGGCAUCAACUCCCACCGCUCAUCCUUUCAGUCACCUGUCCACUCGCAACAUCUCUCCUCUGAUUCGCUCUCUGUUUCCUCACCACGCUCAAGGCACUCUGGUAGGAAUAAAGGUGCCAAAUCAGAGAGAAGUGAUGUCACUCUGGUGGAAGCGCAGCGCAGCCCCUGCUCACCUCUGUCAGAAGUUUUAUCUUCUGACUCCAGGAAGAGGGGCUCGGACAGAAGCUCCUCCCACAGCAAGGCAAAAAGUGUCCACUCUGGUGACACUUUGGGAGAAUGUUUGAAUCGUUCUCAUCACAGUUUGGGGCGUGACGGAAGGAAAUCUUCGUCAGUCACACCGAAACAUGCCUCUCCUUUGGCUUCUUCAAUUUCUGGUUCUCCACCGGGGGAAGUGUCACCAAGUGAUUUUGUAAGAGGAGAUAACAAGAACACUGGCACCACAACCCAAAAUAUCAGAGAGGAGACCGGGAACAAGGGUGAUCUUCACUAUUCACCUGCUGUUCUGCAGCAGCGUAUGGCUGCAGAGUUCCAGUACCUAGAGUCCAUUGAGGAGUCUGUUCGACAGCUGGACAACAUGGAGAGGUUGAUGUGUGUCACGAUGGCUCAGCAGGAGAGUAGCUCCCUGGCACAAUUGCUCAAAGCCAAACAGCAGCGCCACGAGCAUGACCUCUAUGAGCUGAAGAUCAAGGCUGAGCGAGAAGCUCUGGAGGCACAACUACAGUUGGAAGAAAAUCGACAAAGAAUGACAAGGGCUCAUAUAGAACUACAGGAGAAAUUGGCAGGGUCUCAAAAAGAGACGCUGGAAGGCCUCCAGGAGGCAACUACUAAGAUGAUGAGUCAACAGGCUGAGGCAGCACAGCACACAGCAGACGCUGCCCGACACAUCAAGGAGAUGACAGAAUUGGCACGGACUCAGGUAGUGGGAGCUUUGGUUGUCGCUCCGGCUCCCAAUAAAUCCAUGUUGGACAGGCGAGACGAACAGGAGAAGGACCUGCACCCAAACCAAUCUCUUUCUGAAAGCUUUCUGAGUGAGGUGUCAAGCAGACAAGCCAGGCCAGAUGACCCUCCGUCUUCGUUGAAUAGCCUCAGUCAUUCUGACUCCAUGUCCUUUAAAAGGCCCGGCUUUAGUGAAACAAACACCAGCAGCCACAACAGUUCAUCGUAUUCGCCAGCCCACAGAGACCAAACAAAUAAGGAGGCAGACAAAGUAAAGAGGAGGAAAGGAAGGGCAGAAGGGAGGAACAAGAGGGAAGGAGGAAGCAGUUCCAUAGAGGAGGAAGUUCCAACAGCAGCAAACGACUCUCUCUGUAGUGAAAGCAUCCCGUUUGUAAGGGAUGAAAAAGGAGACAGCACAUCUGUAGCAACAGAGUACUCGCUCAAGUUUGAUGAGUCCAUGACUGAGGAUGAUAUAGAAGAGAGAUCGUUUCGUUCACUGCUGCCGUCUGAGGCACAUCGACGUGGCACUUUGGAGAAAAAGUCUCAGCCUCGUGAAGGCUCAGAGGACGAUCAUGUGUCUCACAGCACAUUAUUUUCCGAGGCCAACAAUAUUUUGAAGCCUCUAGAUGCAAGCAUGUCCUUCUCCGGUGGACAGGACAGCUUUUCUCAGUUCACGAUGGACAUGGUACGACAGUACAUGAAGGAUGAGGAGGUCAGGCUGCAGCACCAGAGCUCUCUGUUGCGUCUCCGACAGAAGGCCGUCAGGGAGAAGACGAAAACGGAGCUGGCCUGGCUGGAGCACCAGAAAAAGAGACUGAGGGACAAGGGAGAGGAUGACAAAAUGCCACCAAUUCGGAAGAAACAGAGGGGUCUUUUAUUAAAGCUGCAACAGGAGCAGGCUGAGAUCAAGCGACUCCAGGAGGCCAAUAAAGCAGCGAGGAAAGAAAGGCAACUUUUGAUGAAGCAGCAGGAAGAGAUUGAGAGGAUGAGAACAACAACACUCAGAUUGAAGGAGCGUCUCAAAUGUGCAGGGGGUGAAGUGCCUUCUGAGCUGCUUGCAUCAGAAACACAAGCGACGGAGCCACUCACCCCCACGCGUGGGUGAUUUCACCGCAGCCCUUCUCCCUCACUCUCCGUCUCUGGGAGUGAGACCAGCAGCAUCAUGCAGAAGCUGAAGAAAAUGCGAACUCAGAUGGAUGAAAAACACUGCUCUCCCGUCCACUACUUCCUAUCUGUGUUCAAGGCCCACCACUGGGCCUCCCUCAGUGUCUGUCUUCCCCACCUCCACCCUAAAUUCCAGCUCUUUAUCUACAACCAGUUGGUCAGGUUCCUCACUAAGCGAGAGCAGCAGCUCAUGCAGAGGCGUCAUCAUGCUGAGGAGCUGCUGCAGUGGAAGCAGCGACUGGAUCAGGAGGAGGCAGAGGUUCGUAGGAUGGAGAAAGAAGCUCUGGCUGUGUGGAACAAAAGGACUGCUGGGGAUGUGGCUCGUGACGUGUCACAGAGUCAGAAACAUGACAUCUCUGACCUCAGUUUUCAACAGAGCUCAGGACUUCAGAACCACAGUGAAAAAGAGUUUGUAAGUGAGGGUGACAUGUCUUCAGCAACUGAGUCCAGUAUACACACAGAGGAAUCUGGGUCACAGCAGCCAGGAAGUCCCUCUUCAUUGAAACCUGUUUCUGUGACUGAAACACCUCUGGCCUCUGUCAAGAGCAGCCUUGAAAAUUAUAGCCAAGAUUUCACUUCACCGAGCAGACACUCUUCAAUAUUAAAAGGCAGCCGCAGCCCUGCUGCCUCUCCCUCAGAUGGCAGCAGCAAAACCAAGAUGCAGAUUCACUCCUCCUCUCGAACUGCAGUCCAGACUCACAUUCGGCCACAGGACUUUCCCCAGUCCAUACAGAAAGAAUCCAUUUCAGACCAGAGUGAUAUAGAGAGUCGUAUCAAUGCUCUGAAGGAAGAGCUCAGAAAACGAAAAAGUUUGGCUUACCAGUUGAAGAAAGAACAGAAGAAAAGACACAAGGAACGCCUGAAGGCAAAGGAGGCCAGUCUGCUGAGGGAGCUCGAGAAUUGUAACAGUUUUAUUGAGAAAACAAAAGCAGAGCUCAACAAGGGAACAGAUCAAAUACCUGGUAUAAAGUCAGACUCCACGUCUGACCCACAACAUUCCAGGAUUAAAUCUCUUGAUCACAGGUCUGAAAAGAGACAAGUCUCUGAAUCUGAACAGUCAAACGUUGAUGCAUUAUCAAACCACAUUGAUCACAGUGAGUCUGCGUCGCUGCCUGACUUGUCUGAUGAAGAUCCACCAACUGUCACUCAAACCCCAGUAAAUGCCAGUCCGGACUGUCUCGUCUCAGGGCAAAGGAGCCAUCAUACCAGUGAGGAGCUGGUGAGACCGUCGUCCAUCAGCAACAAGGUUAUUGUACCUGAAGAUGGCAAAGUUGUGUCUGAUCAAACAUCUGAAGUUCAAGAAGAACUGGAGCGGGAAUUGAGCUCUAGGUUAGAUGAACACAAUUCAGAAUGUCUGCUGAAACUAGAAGGUGAAGACGGAUCUGACUUUCAUGUCGAGCAUCCCCCCACCUCCAAGAGCGAAAUAGAAAUAUUAUCUCCUUCAGAAGCAGAAGAUGUUUCAAAUCUGAAAUUGAAGUCCUUUUCAGUUCCAGUGGAUCACAAACCCUCAACUCGUCCAACCUCAGUCUCUUCCUCAAGUACUUCCUCAUGUGAGCCCGACUCAGUGGCUAACUCUUUGAAGAAGGAGGCACCAAUGAAAGGUGCCGAACAUGUUCUUACUGUGACAGAUGACUGUUAUGAUGAGUUGAAGGCAUCAGAUGAUAUUUCACCCAAUGACCAACAUUUUAGUUCCAAAGAAAAACUGAACGAGGACUUGUUUUGGCAGCAGAAUAACAGCCAAAGUGAAGAUUUAGGAGAAGAAAGAGCAAAAGAUCUUGGUCAACAGUCCAUCACAAGUGAAUCCAGCGCCCUCUCUGGUGGAUUAGUAGAUCUCUGUGAGCAGACAGACGACUUCAAACAUGACAGUAAAAGCAUUCACACCGGCCACUCACCUCCUCUGUCUCCUGUUAGAGAUGAAAUGGCAGAUUUUAACAUCGGUGAUCGAGUUCUGGUUGGAAGCGUUCAGCCCGGCACCCUGAGAUUUAAGGGACCCACCAGCUUCGCCAACGGCUUUUGGGCUGGUGUGGAGUUGGACAAGUCUGAGGGGAGCAACAACGGCACCUACGAUGGAGUGGUGUAUUUCAAAUGCAAUGACAGACACGGUAUCUUUGCUCCCCCAGAAAAAAUAACCCAACUGCCAGAAAAGUUUGAGGUCUAUGCAGACACCACGGAGGACGAGGACGAGGUCAUCGACGACCUGACAGACAAAGUCAAAGAUAAAUGUCAAACAGAUGAGGAGAAAAAUCAGAAUCAAGAAAAUCUCGAGAGUAACCACGACAGCACUCCACUUAACGACUGUGAGUCUUUAGGUGAUGUUCCUCACACAGACCAUGAGUUGGACCAUGAAGAUACAUCUGAGCUCCAUUCAGAGAGUCACAAAGAACCAAGGCCCUUGUCAAAUGGCAGUAGUCAGGACAUAAUGUUGGAUUUGGAAACUUCAGAGAUUAUCCUGGGAAAGCAAAAUAAAAGCCAGAUUACACUACAUGUUGAGAAAGUAGACGUGGAUGCAAUACCUGAAUUUACUCCCACUGAAGCCUCGGUGACCAAGGAUAUUGAGAAAAAAGCGGAACCAGAUAAACUGGACUCAUUUACAGACAAGCUUCUGAAAAGUUUCAUUAGUGAUACAGUGGAGAAGUUUGCUGAAAUCAAAAAGGCUAAAGUAGAGAAAAUAGAAGCCGCCAACCAGCACAACAGGGAACCGUUCUGUGCGGAUUUAGAAGAGGACUGGAUCUCUUCAGUGGAACAGAAAGAUGGCCUUCCUUUCUUCCCACCCCCCGAGAAAGAGGAGCUGUCUUCUCCAGAGUUGUGUAACCGACCGGUGAGUGAGAGCCCAGUGUUGGGAGCUAGCGGCCAAGAGGAACUAGCUAAGCGACUUGCAGAGCUGGAACUUAGUCGAGAGCUGCUUGACGACCUGUGUGACGAUCAGGACUGGUUUGAUGAGGACUUUGGCCUGAGCUCCCGCAGAGAACAACAGAGACAGAAACAGAAACAGCGAGAAGAGGAGGAAGAACUAAGGCUAGGAGGAUUUGGAGCAGGGAGUUCUAUUUCAUCAGCUGCUAUGGGGGGGCUGGUCCCAUCACCUGGUGGAGAACAGCAUGUAAAGUCUCCACCAAGACCUGAGCUACCUCUUCCUCUGCCUCCCAAACUGCCUGAGCAGCCUGCCCUGGUGGUGCCACACUCUGCCACAGAGGUGGAGAAAAUGGUACACGCUGCGACUGAGGAGAUCUGGGAACACUGUGGCCUGGCGAACGACGGAGCAGUGACUCUUACACAGACACCAAAUCCUCAGCCUUCCCAAGAGUAUUUGGGUAAAGAGGCCAGCGGUGAAGACCAAGAUGCUCUCUUCAUUCGCAGCUACAAAAAGGUGAAUCAGAGCCCCAUAAUAUAAAACAAGUCUUUUAUACAAGGCUCCAUUCAAACGUUUUGUUUUUUAACUGAAUUUGAAGCUCGGGUUUGUGUCGGCGUACAUCCUGUCUCUGCUUUACAGGCACUACGAGAGUAUAAAAAAGUAAAUAAUAACUGUCAUUUCAGUGACUCUAGUGUCUUCCCUCUUUUUUAGCAGGCUAAAGUUUUGGGGGGGAAAAUUUCUGAAUGAAAUCCCAGUGGUGUCGGGUAAAAGUUAUUAGAGAGA